AGAGAACACGCCGAUCCCAUCCUCUCCCAGCGACGCUCAAAGCACCCGAAAAACGCUUGGCAUCAUACACAUGCGCCUCCCAUUUUCCUAAAUCAGGAAAGGCGCGAAAUGCGGAAUGCCGCUAGCGUGGAAAGGUGAGAUCAUCCGCCAGAAGAGGGACGUCAUCCCCUUGAGCUCGAGCCGUGGGUCACCCACUUGGGCUGGGUCUGGCAGCCAAGCCCUGGGUAUAGGACCAUACUUGGGAGGUAUAUAAUCCUCGCCCUGCUGAAACGGACUACCUCCCGACCCCUUCACCUUCGCCCACCCAGGUAAAAGCUACAAUGGACGAUCUCGGAAACGCCCUCCUUAAGAAGCACCAUGAUGCGCACGUCGCGUACUGGUCCAACGUCGGCGGCGAGGGGUACGACGUGAACCGUUUUGACGAGGGAUUCCGCGCUGGGUGGCAAGACGCUUGCCAGGGCGCGACAGACGACAGCAAGAUGGAAGAGCGCAAGCAGCAGCAUAUCGCUGGCUGGGGCCCGUCGGACCAUAUCUGGGAAUACGAGCACGGCUACAAGGAGGCUAUCACGGCCAAGAACACUGGCGAGCAGCCUUGAGCGAGAGCGGGAUGGUCGACUGCUGUUCAGUAGGAUGUGUGUUUGCGAGACUGUAACCAGAUUAACAACGAAUUGCAAUGUGUUCUAG